AUGAGCAGCCAAAUCACGAACAGCAAUAGCAGCAGCAGCAGCAGCAGCAACAGCAGCAGCAGCAGCAGCAGCAGCAGUAUUGAAGCUUCGAGCAACACAGCUGCCGCUACUGCCGCAGCUGCUGCUGCAGCUGCUGCAGCUUUCACUCGCCUCAAGAGUGAAGCCGAGCAUAGGAUCCCAUGCGCAGAGGCAGCAAGCGUCCCUGAAGGAUUAGCAGUAGCAGCAGCAGCUGCUGCUGCGGCAGAACCAGCAGCUGCAGCGAUGACGUCUGCAUGUCACCUGCGUUGCCUCGUGCCUCCGUGGCAGGCAGCAGCAAGCGCUGUGGGGCGCCUACCUGCAGCAGCAGCAGCAGCAGCACCGAAUCCAGCAGCAGCCCCAGCAGCAGCCGCAGCCUCAGCACCAAUAGAACCUGCAGCAGCGGCGUGUUAUUCACACCGUUUCCCUGCCUAUUUGUCCUUUUCUACACAAUGCAUCUCUUCCUUGUGCUGCAGCAGCAUUAGGAGCAACGGCAGCAGCAGCGGGAGGCGCUGGCUGUCGUUAUGUGGGGUUCAUUCCAGCAGCAGCACCAGCAGCACCAGCAGCAGCAGCAGCAGCGGUAAUUCGUGCUUGAGGCGCACGCCCAGAACCAUGAGCAGCCAAAUCACGAACAGCAAUAGCAGCAGCAGCAGCAGCAGCAGCAGCUUGCCAAUCCGCUGCCGGAUCAGCACCAGCAGCACAAGCAGCGAAAGCCCAAGCAGCGGCAGCAUUCGAAGCAGCAGCAGCAGCAGCAGCAGCAGCAUAACCCGUAGCAGCACGAGUCUCUGCAGCAACUGCCUGUUAAACAACAGCAGCAUCCUAACCAACAUUAGCAGCACCAAAGCAUUCGAAGCAGCAGCAGCAGCAGCAGCAGCAGCAUAA